UACAAGUACACCACAAAUAACUACAGAUUCAUUUGAAAAAUGAAUUCAGGUGAGCACUUAUUAAAUUUUCGUCUAGCUUUGUGGCUGCUGUUGAAAGAACCCACAGAAACGUGAAAUUGUGCGAAUUGAUUCCUUUGAUUUUGAAAGAAAGCUGGCUUUCAAAGCGACAUAUUUGUGGUAACGAAGAAUACACUGUGUUGAAAGGAAGGGAAGAAGCCCUAUAUUACCAAUACAAGCCUUGAGGCAUGCACAAGACUUUAGCGCAUGGUAAGAGUCAUUUCAAACUCGAGUUUUGUGAGGAAAUACGAAAGAAAAUCCAAAGCAGAUUCAUUUAAAAGCUUUGGAGCUUAUAUGAAUCAAAACAUAGUAUACAGAAUCACUGUGCAACCAAAAUACCUACAUAUGGGUUUUAUUAGAACACAACCUCAGAUUAGUUUUACUUGACCUUAGAACACCUGUGAUGUGGACUAACUGUGCAUUUAGGCUCACUUUAAGUUUAAGGUUUCAAGAAUUUUGCCAUCUUUGAAAAUAUCUGAAUUUGAUCCUACAAUACCGGGUAGAAAAGCUCGAAUUGGAUCUUUGAAGCAGAUGGAGUUUAUAUUUUGGACACAUAUGAUUCGUUUCGGACAAAGUCAAAAUACAUUGACCGCAUGCUUUUCUAUAUAAGCUACCAAAAUGACUUUACUGCUUAAACGAAAAUCAUUAAAUUUGAACGCUCGUUGAAUUCUUCCUCCUUCGCGAAGAAUAAAAUUUUAUAUGAUUUAAAAUUUUACGAGCGAAUUUUGCAAAUAUACUAAACCACAUCGCACUGAAAAUUGCGGACAGAACUAUGAUGAAAACUGCUGUCAGCACAGGGAAACAAGACGAAUUUUCCCGAGCUUAUUGAGGAAACAAGAACGGAAUUAAAUGUGAAACACGAGCCUAAGAAGAACCAGAUGUUACAAGUCUCAGAGAAAACUAAACGGAUUGCUCUCUGUGUGUUUACUCACCUCAUUCAGCGGAAAAGUUUAAGGUUCAAGCAUUUGGUCAAUAUAAAAUCUUAGGUGGAUUCUUCUCUACAGAAUGGAACUGUAUCGUUAGUCUUUGAAUCUUGUGGGGUUACAAUUCACGGCAAGGUUGGUUAAGAAAUAUUUUUAAAUUUGGCAUGACUGAAAAAGGUUGAAAAAGAAUCUUGCUUCGAUAAGAACGCCUAAUAUAUGAAAUGUCAACAAAACUGUAUAGACCAGAAGAAACGUCGAAAUUCAGUAUCAUUCAGAAUGCUCCCGCAAAAGUCUCUUAAUUAGCGGAGACUACACGCUUCGGUUACAAUCUCGUUAGAACUUCUAUUUUCCUGAGAACAAACUGUACACCAUUGUAAAGAAACUAAGUUUCAGGAGUUGUUUUAAAUAGGUUUAUGCGCAAGGUUGAUAUUUGUAGAGACAACACAGAGCCAUUUUUUAACCGACUUACUCUAGUAAAACCGCCUCAAAGAGCGAAAAGAGACAGUUUUAAUCUAGUACGUAGAAUUUUGUUGAAAAAAGAAAAAAACUGAGCAAGUGUUUACUGUAUUUGAAAGUCACGGACUUUCCACCCUUAGUGAAGGCAGCUGCAGUUGCAAGGAGCCUUUUGAAAGAUUUUAGCAUAACAUUACCCUUUGAGCGGGGAAAACUUCCGACAUCGUAGAAAACAGCCUUCAACACAUUAGUUCCUUUAAGGACGGCGGGUUAUUAAGGUCGAAAGACUUCUGUACUUUUUUUUUCCAUGGCAAGACGUUUAAUUUUCCAAAAUCGUCUGUAAACGUAGUUAUUACUGGAGCCAGCGGCGUGCUCUUUUAGAGAUCCAGUUUUUUGCACCAAGCGGGAGUUAAUCUCCUGAAGGCACACAAUUCAUUUCUUGAAUAAAAACUCGUUCAAUGCCGUACAUCCUUCCACGUUGCUAAUUAUGUCUCUACUGGUCUUUCAUGCCUUUCUGACGGGCUAUUGACUUCAACACAAAAACCGAUUUUCAGCAAUACAAGGUAAAAUAUAGAAAAGUCACGAGAAGCGAAUAUUCGCGACAGAGCUCAUAGGUAUCACUUACACAUUUCGCCUGAAGCGGUGAGCAAACAAAUGCGAUUAGAAUAGGUUAAUAGCUAUUUUAUUUAUUCAAGAAAUAUUACUGCUUCAAAAGAAGGCGUAUUUUUGCCUAGAAAGGAAAGGUUGAUUCGUGGAUUCAGAGUGGACCUAUACAUGUAUACAACACCGUUUAACAUCAAAGAGCUUCAACUUGAGGAAAUGAUUAGUUUUGGAAAAAUCACGGAAACUUUGAACAAGUGCAACAUUAUCCCGACAAAACACUGAGGUCGAUAAAAUUGUUAUCAGCGACGGAAGGGAAACAAUCGGGGUGAAUACUGAUUAACGACAAACCUCUUCAGUCCAAGACUCAAAGUGAGACAGCGUCUAUGAUUGGAAUGCAACAGAGCUUGAGGCGGAGGAUCGGUGUCGCAUUCAAAACAUUUAGCAUCGUACUUGUUGUUGACAAUAAUACCAAUCCAACUAAACUGUAUUAGACUUCGAUUGUUAUUACACCGAUGAAUAUUACGAGAAGCUACUUAAUUAUGAACCAUUCACUUGACCACUGUGCCUCAGCUAAGAGGUUUCCGUUAUAGUCCGAGUCAAAACAUCAAAACCGAUGCCUUAUUCACAAAGUACUUGCUGUUUAAAGAUAACAACAUUGAUAUAACAGAAAUAAUUUUAGUUUUACAAGCGUUUACGUGUCAAGCGAACAAAAAAAGCCUCAACAAAAACUGGCAAUCAUAGAUAAUUUUUUUAGUUUAAUUCUCACAUAAACAAUCGAUUCGUUAAGAACAAAAAAGUUUGUUAACAAGGAAAAAGAAGGAUGACUUCGUUAGGUAGAAAACGAACAAAACAUUUCACACUUUCAAGCACCUUCUUAAAGUACCGAAAAAUGCCACGCGAAAAACAACAAACCGAAAUCAAAGACACCGACAGCAGUUGAUCCAUAAAGACACAAAAGCUUGGUUUCAACGGUUAAAUGAUCAUUCUAGGGUCAUACCGCAGUCUAAUAAACUACAUAGAGGCUGGCGCUUGCCUACAUCCUAAGCUUUUGCUACUGCUUCAAAAAGCCAAUCCACAAUUGAGAGGUAGUUCUUAAAUUGACUCUUAAAGUGAACUUAAAGCUUCACCCAUUCCUUCCAUAUGAGUUGUGGAAGCUUUCCACCAGACCGUGUGCGGUUCAAUUGUUCGCGCUUUAGAAAGAAUAGCGUGAAAGCGAACCCAAUUGCCCAUGAGAUCUUUUAUUGUCUCAGAGCCGCCAAGGUUGCAGCAAUUGACGUAUCAAAUUUCAAGGGCGUCCUUUAUGUCGCGAAACCACUUGUGAUCGACAGCUCGAACUGUCAACAGGCCGUCAAUAUAUGCCUCCACCGUGACAUAAAAUAACGCAAUUCCUACGCCAUUUCAAUAAUAUUCCACCUGCCUUUGUUGUUUAAAGGGCUUUAUAUAGCAGCGAACUUGCUAUUAAAAGAAGAAAAUUCUUAAAAAACUCUCUGCGUGUGAUCAGCUUGUUUUAUGUACCGUCCUCCUUGCGUUUUCAUUUUUUUCGUUUUCUCUCCAUGUUGAAACAAUUGCUAAUAUCCGCAGGUGGCGUUCUUAGUUGUAAUUCGCUUGACGCACGUGCAGUAUACGCUAAGGGGCUCUGUCAAAAACCCUCUCCCCCGUCUAUUUUCGAUUGGACACCACCUUUUUUCCAACAAGGCGAGAGGCACUGAAACAUACUGCAAUCAUUCGUCAAUUGAAGGUUGUAUUAUAAUAAGCCUUUGUAAACCAAUUACUUCGAUUCUAAGCCCGAUUAGCGGAACCUACACUUUCUCACUUGAAACUUGUCAUCCCUCGAGGAAACUUGUUAAAGAUACCAGGGCUGAGUCACUGAUUUCAACUUGAAAUUUUCAUCGUACAAGUGCCACUUGCCUUUUUAUGCACGUGUACACUGCGGAUUGUUCAGACUUGGUUGGUCACAUAACGAUCAAUCAAGCUGUCACAUGUCAUUACGGUAAAGACAAUAAAAAAAAGCGCCUCGCCGCCCUUUCUACCAAUAGCUUAGUUGUUGAGGUGUCAAAUCGAUGAACCAAACGCCUGCUUUGAAUCGAAGCGACUAUCCAGACAUCUCGGCCAAACUUUCCACAGAAGUCCGAUUCGCGCGCGAAAUAUACGUCGCGCUUGAUGAGAAAGAACGUCGCUUGUCGGGGGAAAAUUAUGCCCGUGUUCCAACUGGUCAAACAGGUGGAAUGAAGGGAACCCCUGUUAACCAUCGUAGAUAGCAAACUACAAAAGCAGAAGUCAAUCGGUUACCAGUCAAUCGUAUCACAGAAACAAUCACACAAACAGAAAUAUUGUGACCAGUUUGCAACUGUAGUCUUCUGACCCAGCCUUGCCAGGCUACAAGCGCGUGGGAAAUUAAAUAUCUCGAAUACGUUUGACACAGGCCUCAGCAAAGACUCGGACGAGUCACAUCUUUGUGUAUUACACUCGUGGACGAGUGUCACCGCGCGUAGUCCAAUGACUAUGGAGGAUAGUUAUUGCCGGAAGCCCCCAAAAAUAAUUGGGAAGGCAAGCUGCGGGCAAAAUGGAAGUCAAAAUAGGAGAAUGAGUGUGUGUACAGGCUGCCAGGAACCGAUCGAAGACCGAUUUGUGAUGAAAGUGAUGGACGAACCAUGGCAUGAAAGCUGUUUACAAUGCUGUAUAUGUAGGAAUACUCUUUCACGGUCAUGCUUCAGUAAAGACAGGAAACUGUACUGUCGGACAGACUAUGAAAAGAUGUACGGUACAAAAUGUAGUGGCUGCAAGACGACCAUCCCAGCAAACGAGUUUGUGAUGCGAGCAUUAGGAAAUGUGUAUCACAUACAAUGUUUUAUGUGCACCAUGUGUGGUCAUCGUCUUGAAAAAGGGCAGGAAUUUGCGUUAAAAGAUAACAAAUUAUACUGCAAGGAUGACUAUGGAAAACUUCCAACAAAAGGGUCAUCAAAUAGUCCGCCACAUAAGCCUCAACAAGAGAAUGUAAUUAAUAACAGUUUCAAGAAUGAUAAAGAGACAAAAUUGGAGAAAGCGGACAAUUCAGACUCUGACGAUUCAUCAGUAAUUGGUGAUGAUGAAAAUGACGAUAAAAAAGGACCAAAGAGACCACGAACAAUACUCACAAGUCAACAAAGAAAAAUAUUCAAAUNNNUUUUUUGUUUGUCUUCCGUCAAAAAGGUCAGAGAAGAGCUUUCAAGAGAAACAGGGCUCAGCGUUCGUGUUGUGCAAGUCUGGUUUCAAAAUCAGAGAGCCAAGAUUAAGAAACUUGCGAGAAGGAACAAUCCGGAGUCUGAUGGCGCAGCAAGUUGUAGAGUCAGUAAUAGACAAAGGAGUCUUAAAAAAAGUAAAGACGGGAAAUCGUCAAGUCCAAGAGAUAAAAGGCGAGCCGAUAGAGACAGUUUAGAUCUUCCUCCAUCACUCUCCCCUCCCCCACAACUCCAGGGAUCUCAACCCCCUCCCUAUGGAAUGCUUCCGCCUCAAUAUCAACAUUUGCAAAAUCAUAUGGGACCAAUGAUGGCACCACCGCAGUUCCAACCUCCUUACCAAGGACCGCUUAACCAUAUGGACUCCGGGGAGAUUCCUAUGGAUCAUGGAAUGCAAGCUAUCGAUGAAUGUAUGAUGCGGCCGCAACAGUUUAACCCCGGGGAUAUGGGUGGAUAUCCCACCACUACAAAUCACAAUGGUCAGAAUCACUUAGAACUUAUGCAUGACAUGAUUAAUUCAUUCUAAUUUAUUACAAUUUUGAAGCAUAUUGUAUCGCAUUAUUGGCAAUGCCUCCUUGUUAGUAACUACAUAGAACACUUUCAAUAUUGCUGGUAGUUUAGAAUGUACUAUUCGUUAGGGCUGAGGUUUAUUUGUAUUUAUUUAUCGUUGUUGCUAAAUAUCGUGACACUUCUUGAAUACAAUUUCGAACAAAUAGGCUUGCUUUUCUGAUAAAAAAUUACAUUUUUUCUUAACUUUUUUCCACUGAAAAAUUUUCAUUUUACACCCGUAAUUGUACAUGUCGAGUCAUGAUCAAGAAAACGAACAAAUAGUUAUUUCUAUUUUGCAAAAAAAUUUAAGGAAAGUUCACGAGUUAUUUUUCAGUAAGAUAAAAACAUAAGCUGUAGGCUUAAAAGUCGUCACACCUUAUAUCGCUGGUUACCACUCACUCUCUUGCAACCUCUUGCUUAUCUGAAGAAUUAAAUAGGUCUCUUUUAAAAAAAAAUUCAAAGGAGUAAGUCAUAGUAUUAUAAUUACUUCUGAAUACUUUCCGUAACUAUGAAAUAUUAAACGAACAAGUCAUAAAUCUUUUUUUAACCGAAAAUCAUGGCCUAAGUAUGAACAGUUCUUUGCUUGUGAUUUGUGGAGACUGCUAACACUUUCCUACCCGCAAAAAUCACCUUUUACGUGCAGAUGUCGCGUUAUACUUGAGGAAAAUUUAAAAAAAUAAAAUAUUUGCCUAUUAAAUGUAAUUGUGUUUGAAAGCCUUUUUGUUUUACAAAAUACUGAAACCUUCUUGAUAACUUAUUUGCAAACAAACAUACUGUUCAUCGCUAAUUUUUGGCCGAGUAACUGACGGAAGAAGAAACUUGACUAGGGUUACUGAAAUUCAGGUCUUGCACGUUGCAUUAAUAUUGUCAAGAUGAAAAUUACUGUUUCUUUUCUUACGAAGACAGUCUCUCAAUCCUUUCUGAAAAAUAACAAACUGCGUUGAGACAUGUUACGGGAUCAUAACUAUUAUUUAAGAAAGAUUAAAAUUAUUCAUACUCUGAUGUAGCUUUUUUUCCACAUAGUCUAAAUAUCCUUUCAGAAUUAGCCUCGUUUGCGCUCUACUGAUUCAAAAUUUCUCAUUUUCUUUGCCCAUAUGAAACAGAGGUCUGCUCAAGAACACUAGCCUAAUAUCCGAAAUUGUUUUGUUACAGAUUCAGACGAUGCUGCUUCACAUUGGUUCAACGCAUAUUUAUAGCAGUUGCAGACUUUUGCGUCAGUUUGAAUAAUACUUAAAUCUUCCAUCCUUAAACUCGCCAAUUCUCAGUUAGAUAAUGCCAUGUAUUUCCUGAAAAAGCAGUUGAGAUUUAAAUAAUUAACCGGAUAAAUAUUGGUGGUUUCUACUUACUGGUCUACUUACUUUUCGACAAAGGAUAAAAUUUAUAAAGAAGAGUCUGAUUUUGCUCUCUUUUGAGAAUAAAAGGGUGAAAGCGCUGAUUAGUUUUUCACGAGUAGUAAAGUGGUAUUAAGAGUAGUUAGGAAAUCUUUUGUCUUUAUCUAAGAAAGGUUACUAAGAGUGUAAAACUUAUAAAAACUUAGCUCUCAAGAUUGAAAAUGAAUUUCGACUUAAAUCUGUAGUACAUUACCUUAGAAAUACCUUAGAUUUUAAGUUCCUGCCAUGGAAUUACCUCUAGGCUUAUUAGUAUGACAUUUCUCCUCACUUGUAUGGUAAACACUGCUCUAUAAUAAUGAGGAGGAUUCGAUUCUUUAUCAAUCUUGGGAGUUAAAGGUUUAUCAUAGGAAGCCUAGAAUCACUAAAGUAUUAAUCGGCUUAUUUAUUAACAUCACUUCCUCAAAGGCUUCUUAUUACUAGGAGCGGGGUGGUGUGGCGAGGAGGGGAAAGCGAAGGAUAUCCCAAGUCUUAUGCGAGACGCGAGUUUGUGUUAAAUUAAAGAGAGUUGGUGUUGUAUUCAGGAUGUCUUUCAUUCUCAUAAUUUAAACAGUAUUGACUUGUUGUUGUAUGAUAAAGAGAUAUAGUACGAUGUAAAUAAUAUCCAAAAAGGCAAAAAGUGAGCCUUAAUUUCUUGUGCUCAGUAACGUGUACAGAACAUUAAGAUGAAGAAAAUAAAACAGAUCUAAAGAAGG